UCGAAUCCCACACCCGGUCCAGACCCAAGGGCCCCUCGUCAACCAAGCCAACCGCCGUUCCGAAACCCCGUCUCUGCCGCCCGGACCUCCCGGUCUCUCUUCCCCAGCGUUCCGGAAUCCAUUCCCCGUCUACCCUCCCUUUUGGCUCUCCAUCUAUACACUUAUACCUCCCAAACAGGCAUCUCUCUUACAAACAUUGCAUACGGAAAGAGCAACAAGAUAAAAUCACAAUCUCACGCGGAUACCUGGAACAAGCCCCCAUCUCUAUAA